AUGGAGACGCCCAUGCAAGAUCACGACUUCAUUCUGGAAGCGAGCCAUCGUCAGUGCGUGGAGGAGCUUUUUGACGAUUACGCCGAUGACUUCGAUCGGCAUCUGGGAGCCCUUCGCUAUGAUAUUCCGAGCUGUUUGCUGGCCAUGCUGCCUAUGGCCAAAUUCAACCGCUGCAUUGAUCUGGGAUGCGGCACGGGCCUGGCGGGUGCCCGUGUGCGCGCUCGCUGCACUCUGCUAGAGGGGGUCGACCUCUCACAGUGCAUGAUUGAAAAGGCCCGGGAGAAGGAGAUCUACGAUGACCUUCACUGUCGGGAUUUGGUGGCCCAUCUACGCCGACAGGCUGACAGCACUUGCGAUCUGAUCAUUGCCACGGAUGUGGUCAUGUAUCUCUACUCGAUUGCACCCUUCAUCGCAGAGGCAGAGCGGGUGCUGUCAGCUGGUGGCAUUCUGGCCUUUUCUACUGAAUCUGCCUCCGAAGAUGAAGCGCCGACUGGCGUCGUUGAAAGAGCAAGCGAGCGCUUUGCUCACACACGGAAGCUUAUUUUGGAGCUUGCAGCCCACUUCACCGCGGAAGAAGUGAAGGAAGUGGAUGUCCGGCUCGAUGGUUCUGCAGGUCCCAUCAAAGGAACCUGA